AUGGAUGCAUUUAAAAAUAUGAAGAUGAAUUUUCAUAAAGAUUUAAAAGAACUUCAAAGGCAUUUAAAUGACAAUAUGAGUGUGAAUUCAUCUGAAGUGAUUGAGAAGGUUAUUGAUGAAAAUGAAAUAAAUAAAAUUUCUAUACAAUCUUCUGAUAGUGUUGUUCAUGAGCCCUCUGAAUGUGAAAAAUCAUUACUUGAAAGUUCUUUAAUUUACAAAAAUGAUGAUUCAAAGAAUCAAAGUUUAUUUAGUUCUUCCAUAAGAAAUGAGGAAGAAAAUAUUCUUGCACAGUUUGCCGAUCUUGCUAUUAAAUCUGCUUCAAGAAAUGUUAGGGAAUCAUUGGCAAAAAAUGAACGAUUAUCUUUAAAUACAUCAGAAACUCAAUUUUUGACGAAAAUGCCUCCACCAACUGAAAGUCCCAGAGAAUCAUUUGGCAAUAUUUUUCAAAAAUCUCUCAACAGAUCUGGUAUGGAUAGUUUAUUUGGUUUUGAUAUUAGUGGGAUGCCUGAAGUAAAUGAAAUGCAUAAGAUGUUUGAUGAUGUUAGCUUUAAUUUAUCAAUUGAUUUUGACAAAUCUCAAAAAAGUUGUAGUGGAAAAAUUAAAUCAGAUAAUCUAAUAGGGGGAAAUACUAGUAAUCUUGAUUUUAAUAUUUUAGAAAACGAACAAGAAAAUGGUAGUGUUUAUCCUUUGGAUGAUGAAACUAUCAAUCUCAUUCUUCAAAUAUUUACAACAUUAUUAUGGGAGGCAUUUGAGUCUAAUGAUGAAAAUAAAAUUAAAAAUGUACCAUUAAAGUUGGAUUCUGAUAGUGAUGAAGAUUUCUCUGUAUAUGGUGACAUAACACGAUGGUUAACUUUGCAAUUCUACAAAAAACGUUAUUCUUUUUCUAGUUAUAAACAAUACUUUAAUAAGAUUAUAGAGGAUAUGAAUCGAUUGCAAAAUACUGAUAGAUAUCGUCCACAUGGUUUACAACCAAGUGAUGUAUAUGCUGAUGGAACCAUUCUUGAUAUACUUGCUGUUGAUCAAGUUAUUUCAGAGUAUUCAUAUAAUGUACUUGACAUGAUGAAUAAAGGAGAAUUGGAUGAUUUUAUCAAAAAAUAA